AUGAACCUCAAUUCGCAAUCUUAUUUCUAAAUGAAUCAAUCUUAAUUUAUUAAUAUAUAUCUGAUAGAUUAAUCAACGACAAUAUAUAAUAAUUAAAUUUCAGUAAUUGAAAUAUCAUAAGUAAAAUUUUAAAAUAUUUCUUCUUAAUAAUACCCUGCUAUAUUUUUAACUAAGUCUGUAGAUAGCUUUAGUAUUCGUAACUGCACUUUUAGAUAAAACUAAAAUCUAUAAACAAUAAAAUCAAUUUCUACUAAUAAUAAUGAUAAUAAUGGUAAUUUCAAUAUUUAGAAUUGUAACAGUUUGAUAAUAGAUGACUCAUUAUUUGUUCAAAAUACAUGCUUCAGCAACGGAGGAGCAAUUUAUUUAUAUUAAAUUCAAAAAUCUUCUAUAAAUAACACCACAUUUGUUCAAAACUAGGUAUAACAAUACUCAGGAGGAGCAAUUUAUACUUCUAAUUCUAAUAUUAAUAUUAAUUAAUGUCUGUUUUAAAACAACAUAUCAAAAAAGGAAAGAGGUGGAGCUAUCUAUUCUGAUAAAACUUACAUCUAAGUAGUUAAUUCAAAUAUCAUAAAUAAUAUUGCAUAUGUGGGUGGUGGAAUUUAUUAUAACAAAAUAAAUACAAUAAAUAUUGAUAAAUCUAGCUAAAUUUAUUAAAAUAAAGGUAAGUUUUAUGGGAAUAACUUAGGCUCUUAUCCUAAAAAACUAUUAAAAGUAGAUUUAAAAACUAAAUAGGUUUAUAACAAAAUAAUCAUUAAAAAUUUUUAAAGUGGAAACUAUACUAAAUAACCGAUAUAUGUUUAAUAUUUCGAUGAAGAAGAUUAAAUACUAAACUUUAAUAUUGCAGAUUUAACUAGUCAAUUUUCUUCUAGUAUUAAAUAAGAAAUAGAAAAUUAUUAAAUAGCCAUUUUAAAUCCUUCAAAUUUGAAAAGUCUAACAAUAAUAUUAGGAUAACAAUUAUAAUAUAUAAAAUCUAUCAAUUUAUUUUAACUCAAUAUAACAGCAGGAAAUUAUUAUGAAACUGAUUUUAAAUUGGUUUUAUUCUCACAAUUUUUUGAUGAGUACCUUACUCUUGAUUUAUUACUUAAUUUUAGAAAAUGCAAAAUUGGAGAAAUAUUAUAUCAUAAACAAGGAUAUAUUUCUUGUGAUUAAUGUGCUGAAGGGAGCUAUUCUCUAGUUGACCCAUAUCAAAAAUCUGAAAAUGGUCUAGUUCAAUGCUAGAAAUGCUCUUUAGAAUAUUCAAAGAAAUGUUACUCAAAUCAAAUUAUUUUAAAUUAGCACUACUGGAGAGAGUCGAAUUUAACAGAUAUUGUUUUCGCAUGCUAUAUGUUAGGCUGUAAUGAGUCUGUUUAUAAUUAGAUUAAUGGAUGCAUAAAAGGUUAUAUUGGUCCCCUAUGCAACUCUUGUGAUACUAAAGGAAUACGUUGGGGAACUAGCUAUGGUUAAAAUGGAAAAUAUUGCUAUGAAUGUGGUAAAAUAGUAGAUGUAAGUUUUACUGCUUUCAAUUAUUAUAAUUAGUCUAGCACUAUAAACGAUAAUAUAUAUAUCAUUAAAUUUGAUAUCAAGAAUAGAUAAACUUCAUUGUUAAGAAUAAGCCAAUUGUGGAAAAUUAUAAUCAAAAAUAAGCAUCUCUUAAAUAAUGAAUUUGAAAUUUCCUUCAAAUAGCAAGCUAUCUCAAAGAAUUAAAAAAAUUAUAGCAAUUAUCUUGGUACAUAAUUUGAACUCCUCACAUUUAAUGAAAAGGAAAAAAGUAUAUACAAUUGA